AUGUCAUAGUUAUCUGAAUCCUCAUCAGAGUUAUUUGUAAAUUGUGAUGAAGAAGUUACAGCUAUCUGUAAAAAGCUAUAACAAAUUCUAACUACUAUUGAUAUUCAAGAAGAUAAAAUUUUUGCAUUAAAGGAAGCAUAAAGUUGUAUUGAUUCAGCAAAUGAAAAUGUAAAUAUUUUGAUAAGCAAAGUUAAAAUAAAUGGAAGUAGAAUUACAAGGUUUCGAGAAGAAUAUUAAGGAUAAUUUAAAAUAGUAAUUUAUUUUGCAAAAAAGAAAAUUGGAUGAAAUAAAUAAAAUUUAUACUUAAAUGAAAUCUAAGUAUGAAAUUUAAACAUCCAAAGAACUAUUAUUUGGUAAAGAUUAAUAAAGACAAAAACUUCUAAAAGAAUAAGAACAAAUAUAUGAUUAAAAUAUGAAAUUGUAAGAUGCUAAAAUGGUUAUUUAUGGAGUAGAAAAGGAAGCUAAUGAAAUUUAAAUUAAUUUACGUAGACAUACAGAUAAGUUAUCUAGUAAUAUUGAAAAAUAAUAACGUAGAUAUAUAUAAUAAUUUUAGCUAUUAGAGAUGCAUUAGGUAAUUCAUAUGUAUUGAUAAAAACAAUGUAAAAUAGAAUUAGAAAUAAUAAAUUAGUAUUAUUUGUAGUUUGUGGAAUCAUUUUAUUUGCAAUUCUUAUAAUUAUUUUCAUGCAUAUGUGA